AGGCAGUCGAACAACUUGUCCCAACGUCCCUGGCCUCUGACGUUUCUUAUUUCUACUCCUUUUACCUCCACAGUGCCAAGCUAGUUUAAUUGGACCUCAGCCUCAUCUUUCUUCUUUUGUGCUUCAGCCUGCGCAUCGCUUCUUCCUCCACUUGGCUCUCAUAGUUCAGAGGUUUCCAGGAAGAUGGUGCUAAGACUGAGAGCUUGUUCCUUUCAUCACAAGUUCAACAUCCUGUUUUGGGGUUUUAAGAUGAUUCCACUCAUGGUGACAAGAUGACUAAAACUAUUCUACCGUCACGUCCUGACAUAACUGUAUGCAAAGGAGGAAGAAAGGGAGAUGACCAAGGAAGCCAACUGUACAUCUGUGACUGACUUUGAUGAUUGUCCAGGAAAUAUAACAGAUUUCUGUCCGGAGAAUAUUGUUUGUGCAUGCAAGGAUGGAGAGCCUUUUUGCAAAUGUCUAAACUUCAGAGGUCAGUGGGGAAACUAUUGGUUCAUGGGAGCUAAAUGUGACCAACUCUGGAAUACUCUGGAUCUGAUUUUAGUAGCAACAUUGCCUGGAAUAGGAUUGGCUUUAAUCGUUGGUAUAACAAUCCAGACAAUCCACUACUGUAAAAAGAAUUCAAAGAAGAAUAUAGAUAAUAACCGAGAACAGAAGAGUUUGUCUGGACUUCAACCUCAGCAUAAAUCUGAAUAUGCAUUUGAUACUCAUUUGAGACCUCCUCAACUAGAUCAAGGCCAGAAUCCCUGGAGCUUAUCCCAUCAGGGGGUGCUUCCUGGAAGUCCUGUAUCUCCAUCAUCACAGUUCUCUGGAAGAAAUUAUAACUUUAUGAUCCAUGAGCCCAAAGAGGACUAUCAUUACAACUAUUCUUCUCAUAAUUGGGAUGAUUCUCAGAGAACGACUAAACCUGAAGCAAAUUAUGGGAACAAAUACUCUUCAAACGUGCACAUGAAGCCACUCUUUGAUUUUUCUACACCAGGAGUUCCAAAGUCAAGCUACAUUCAAAAAGAGAGACAACACAUUGAAUAUUCAAGUUCUGAAGAACCAGGAAAUCCUUAUAGAAUAGGACGCGUGCAGAUGAAAUAUAAUUAUUAA